UGAAGCUGCUCUAAUGAUUGAGCAGUGAGAUGAGCCGGCAGAGCCUGCACUGUAUACGGCACUGUACACCUACCUCAAGCUGGGCUUCUGUAUAUUGACUUGGACUUUCUCUCUGUAUACAGUGACUACUGCAAAAGAAGGGCUAUUCUAUCCAAGCCAUACAGAAGCCUGAUGUUUACAAAUCCAUCCGCUGGACUCUGCUGACCCCUCCAGACUUACAGAGCCCCCUUGUUUACAACCCUCCCAUUACCCCCGCCAGAGGUUCUAGCAACCCCAGCAGCUCCUAACCAUGUUCCAGCGUUUCACCCGACUCUUCUUCAGCGAGGGACCAGCCGACGAACCCAAAGAACCCAAUGCUUUUGUGGCAGAGGAAGAAGAUGAUGAUGGCUGGCUCAUUAUUGAUAUCCCAGAUAGCUACACCUCAGGAGAGGAUGAUGGGACAAUUGGCCAAGGAGACAGUAGGACUCCCAGCCCUUUGCCCCACUCUCUAGCUGAGAGGAUUGGCUGGUCCAUCCCACCCCACCCAUCCCACUCGAUGGACGAGAGCUGGUUUGUUACCCCUCCCCCCUGUUUCACCGCAGAAGGUUCGGGCCAUGCGGUGGUGGGAAGUAGUCCGCUGGAAGACCUCCUAAUAGAACACCCAAGCAUGUCGGUUUACAUCACAAGCGGAAGCAUCGUGGUGGAGCCAGACACUUCCGAGAUAACCAGAGACAGGUCCCCGUCCAAAACCAGAGUGGAGCGACGCACACCUCACCAUGCCACGUCCGUCUCUGCCAAAGCUGCCAUCUUGGGGAAAGUUGGCCAGGCCGCCCGUCUGCAGCGCGCCAAGGCAGCGGUGGACAGACGCAAACUCAGCCGCAAGAGUCUGCAGAGGCAAAACUUGGCACGGCAUUUCAAUGAGCGCACUGCCAUCAAGCAUCGCACCUUCCUGUGCCAGCCACGGCAGCGCCAGUGCAACUACUGAACUUGUUCCUGCUGCUUACAGGAACAUGGGCAUUAUCCCUAACCCCAAUUCUCCUGUCAUGCCUCAUGGGUUGGCAUUACCGUAUCUUGCCUCUUCCGCCCUCAUAUCCCAUAUUCAUGGUCACCUUUGUUCUCUCUUCCUUUUCCAUCCUAUUGCUUGGGAUUCUGCAAGUAACCAAAACAGAGGUUCUAGCUUGGGUUUGGAGAAUCUGUCUACUUACUGGUAGACAUCUUUAAAUGAGUCUCCAUUAACAGUAUUGGCUGUAGGAUGUAACCUGGACUAGGGCUGUUCCAUUUGGUAAGUGAGCGACUACUGCCCAGCUGCCUAAGGGGCUGGCAAAG